CUCGGGUGUUGGGGGUCGGUGAUGUGGGCGGCGGAAACAUAAAGUCGCCAAGUGAGGAACUUGGAUAGAAUGAAACAGAAAACUAUUCGCAUUAUCUACCUCUAGCAAUCCACCAGCAACCAUCUAUCAGUCUGCCCAAAUUAUAAGUUGCUACGUGCUUAAUAUUGCGAUAUCCAUCAUUGCGCAUCGCAACAUAAUCACAAUUCACAAUCCACAGAAAUGAACCACAGAAGCACAUCCGCCCACAAUGGCUCCGCCUCGGGCUGGAGACGGCUCAGCGUCGGCGUCAUAGGCGGGGGCAUCGGCGGCAUGUCGACGGCCAUCAGCUUGAGGAGGGCAGGCCACGACGUGACCGUGUACGAGCGCAACGAUUUUGCCGGCGAGGUUGGGGCAUCCGUUUCAUGCGCGGCAAACGGCACGCGCUGGCUGCACGAGUGGAAGGUCGACCUGGCCAAGGGCGAUGGCGUCAUCCUCAAGCGUCUCAUCAACCGCGACUGGAAGACCGGGGAGCCCGUCAGCGUCUACGAGCUCGACGACUACGAGGAGAAGUGGGGCUACGUCUAUUACAUGUUUCACAGGCAGUACAUGCACAGCAUGCUGAAAGACUGUGCGUUUGACGAGGCGGGUGAGGGCCCGGUGCCUGUGUUGAAGGUCAACCACGCCUGCAUCACCAUCAACACCGAAACCGGCACCAUCGCCUUCAGCAACGGCAAGACAGCCACGCAUGACCUCGUCAUCGGCGCCGACGGCAUCGGCUCAGUCGCGCGCCGCGCCAUCGGCCUGAACCCGGAGAAGAGGCCGUCCGACUCGAGCUGCCUGCACGCAAACGUCACCACCGAAGAGGCCAGGGCGCUGGGGCUGGUCGACUACUCCCUCGACGAGGCGCUCGAGUACUGGGGCGGCCAGGAGGGCAAGUGGGACAAGAUCGUGCUGUCGCCCUGCAACGGCGGCAACCUGCUGUCGUACUACUGCUUCUUCUCGCGGUCGGCCGGCGACUACACCUCCCAGACCUGGGGCGGCGAGGACAGGCCGGUCGAGGAGCUGCUGGCCCCGUAUCCGGAGCUGGACCAGCAGGUCAAGAGCCAUCUUGCCAUUGGCAAGGAGAUUCAGCCGUGGAGGCUUUGGGUGCACGAGCCCUACCCAUUUAUUACGAAGCGCACAGUAGCCCUGCUAGGGGACGCAGCCCAUCCCAUGAUGCCACAUCAAAGCCAAGGCGCCUGCAUGGCCAUCGAGGACGCCGCCGCACUGGGCAUCAUCUUCAGCAGGAAGCACUUCCGGGGAGACUUGAGCGAGUGCCUGGCCGUCUACGAGCAGGUCCGGCUUCCGCGUGCCACGCGAGUACAGGCUGCCGCCGCCAAGGCCGCAUCCAACAUCAACGAGAGGAUCGGAUUCUCGAGCAACACCAACACAGCCACGUACAAGGUCGAGGACGAGACGAAAAAGUUGACCAUUGAGGAAAUGAACGCAUAUGACAUGUACAAGGACAUUGAGGAAGUGUUUUCCAAGAGGAGGCAGACAGAGUUCGUACCACAGUUUAUCCGCGGUCUACCUGUGGGCUUGAAGCUUCCAAGCGGAAUAGUCAUUGGGGCCAGCGCCUGAGAAUUGUGCGCUUUUAGUUUUGUCUUGACUUGUAUACCUUUCAACAUAGUUUGGUCACUUUGAUUCCCGGGGUUUGGAGUUGGUUUGUGAGAUGCGUUUGCGUUGCUAGUAUAAUCAAACAUGUUAUUUGUCGAAAUACUAUGGCUGAAACCAGAAAGUAAAGAAUCAAAAGUUAUAUCCUG